AUGAUAAAUUAUUUAAAAAUAAAAAUAGAAUAUUUUUCUUUAAAAAUAAUAAAUUUUCAACCAUAUUCAAUAUCUUUAUCGAAUAUUUUUAUACUUUUAAUUCGAUUUAAUUGGAUAAUAUGUUUUAUUAUUAUAAAUGAAUUAUUAUUAUAUCAAAGAUAUUUUUUAAAUUAUACUAGACAAUAUCAAUUUGUUAAACAAAUAUUUCAAGAUUGGUAUAAGAAUAAUUAUUUGAAAUAUGGAUUUUUAAUUUUUUUAAUUUUAAUUGGUCCAUUUUUAUUAGAAAUGUUUUUAUUUUAUUCUUCAACAACAAUUAAAUUUCUUUUGAUAUAUAUACGAUAUUUUUGGUUAAUUUCAUUUAUUAUUCUUUGUGAAUCAUUUACAGGUUAUGAAUAUUCUUCAAAAUAUAUUCAAAAAUAUCAACAAAUUAAACAAAAUAUACAAGAUUGGUGUAUAACUCAUAGAAUUAGACGUGAAAUUCUUCUUUUAAUUAUAAUAGCAAUACCGUUUCUAUUAGAUCAAGUUCUAAAAAUAAUUCUUUAUCCUCUAUGGACACCAAUUAUAUUUAUUAUUCGAUAUAAUUGGUUGAUUUUAAUUUUUAUUCUCGAUGGAAUUUUAAUUAAACAAAAAUAUUUUCCAAAUUUUGCUAGAGAAUAUCAAGAAAUAAAAAGCAAUAUUGAUAAUCAUCUUUCGUAUACUCUCGAUGAAAAAUAUACAACAAUAAGACGCCGUUUAAACUAUUGGUAUAAAAAUGAUAGUUUAAAACGUAGAAUAAUUAUUUUUUCAAUAUUAAUUCUUCCACUUGUCAUAGAAAUAACUUUUCUUUAUAUUAUACCAAUAUCAAAGUUAUUUUUAUUUUUUUCAUGGAAAUUAUUAAUAUUUAUAAUACGUUAUUGUUGGCUUGUUUUAAUAAUUAUGAUAAAUGAAUGUAUUUUUAUUGAAAAUAAUUAUUUUCCAAAUUAUAUUAGAUUAUAUAAUUCUAUAAAAGAAAAUAUAAUUAAUUGGCAUAACAAUAAAACAUUUCGACGUGUAAUAAUUCUUAUUUCUAUUUUAACUGGUCCAUUUAUAUUAGAAAUGUGUUUUAUUUGGUUUAUACCAAUAAUGAAAUUACUUUUUUUUCUUUUAUGGAAAUUAUGUCUAUUUUUAAUUCAUUAUUGUUGGUUGAUAUUAAUAAUAAUUAUUAGUGAAAUUUUAAAAGAAAAUAAUAUAUUUUCAAGUUAUGUAACAAAAUAUCAAUCAAUUUUUACAAAAAUCGAUGGUUGGAUUGGAGGUAGUAAGUUAAAAGGUCGUAUAGUCAUUAUUUCAAUGUUAACUAUUCCAGCUUUAUUUGAACAUUGUAAAAUUGGCUCGAUAUCAAUUAGAGAAUGGAUGAUUUUUCUAUUAAUAAAAUUAUUUCUAUUUAUUAUUCAUUAUUGUUGGUUGAUAUUAAUAAUAAUUAUUAGUGAAAUUUUAAAAGAAAAUAGUAUAUUUCCAAGUUAUAUAGAAAAAUAUGAAUCAAUUCUACAAAAAAUGCGUUCCUGGGUUAAUGAUAGUAAUUUAAAAAAUGGCAUAGUCAUUAUUUCGAUAUUAACUAUUCCAGCUUUAUUCGAACAUUGUAAAAUUGGCUCGAUAUCAAUCAGAGAAUGGAUUCUUUUUCUUUUAGCAAAAUUAUUUCUAUUGAUUAUUCGUUAUUGUUGGUUAGUAUUAAUACUAAUUAUAAGUGAAAUUUUACAAGAAAAUAAUAUAUUUCCAAGUUAUAUAGAAAAAUAUAAAUUAAUUCAAAGAAAAAUCGAUCAUUGGGCUGAUGAUAAUAAAUUUAAAAAUGGAUUAAUUGCUUUAUUUAUCUUAGCUGGUCCAUUUACAUUAGAAAUGACUUUUAUUUGGUUUUUACCUAUAAUGAAAUUACUUUUUUUUCUCGUCUGGAAAUUAUUUCUAUUUUUAAUUCGUUAUUUUUGGUUUCUAUUAUUAUUAAUUAUUAGUGAAAUCUUAGAAGAAAAUGAAAUAUUUCCAAAUUAUAUUGCAAAAUACAAAGAAAUGAAACAACAAAUCGAUUGUUGGAGUGAAAAUAAUAAAUUUAAAAAAGGACUAAUCAUAUUUUUAGUUUUAUCUGGUCCAUUUCUAUUGGAAAUAUUUCUAUUUUAUGGCUUAAAGGCGAUAUUAAUAAUGAUUAUUUUCAUUUUGAAAAAAUCAUUUUUUUAUUUAGCAAGUAUAUUUGUUUUUUAUUGUUUAUUUCGUUUGAUUCAUCAUUGA